CGUUGUGUAAUGUGGUAUUGGAUGGAUAUCUUUUGGUAUAGGGAAUCGUCAUCUCUUCCAUUAGAUGGGUGUCUUUUGCUUUAGGGAAUCGUCAUCUCUUUUGUUACAUUGAUGUCUUUUGUCUCAGUAUUAAACCGAAUGAGUAACUUUGAAGUUUAUCAGCAUGUGUACGGUUUGGUUUUUUUUACGCUUUCUACCUGUUGUAGUUUUGCUUACAGAUGAGGUUGUGAAGUGUAUAGUGCAUAGGCAAUUAUCUUUUCUAGAUAUAUAUUUCCUUCCUGUUGCAUUAAUGACAUGGGGAUUCUUUAUAUGUACUUCUUUUCCAAGAAUGAAUGCAGAGCAUGAUCUGAUAGGGACAAGUCUCAUUUUUUCAAUAAUCUCCCAAGGGAAAAUCUGCAGAAAAGCUGUAAGGACAGCUCAUGAUGAAUAUGAAGAAACACUAGAAGAUCUAGGGUUUAUAUAGGUAGGAUGCUGCAAAACAGAGAUGCUUGAAUUUCCUAAACAUAAAGAUGCCUAAGUCAACAAAUGUCACUGGAAGCAUGAUUACCAGUAAUCACCAAAUAAUUGAAGAGAUUAUCAGCUGAUCAGGAUCCCCAGCAGUUGACAGUUGGUGAUAAUCCUGGACCCUAUGUUCGCAAAAGAACUUCCCUAGGCCAGCUCAUUACUCCAACAUGGACUCUGCUGCCAACACAUUCCAUAAACGACAAACACAAAAGCAAGGUUGAAAAUAGUGACAUACUUGCAGAUCAUAUACAAUCUCUGCAAUGGAGGAACUUCUGAUGUAGCUUGAUGACUAAUAGUGGAUUGCCUCAACACGUAUCCAACAAUCAACAAGUUCAAGCAGAUGAAGCCAAUACAAGUCAACCACCUCAACUGAAAAGGACAAGGGGCCCUUCGCGUGCUUUAGAUACUUUGAAGUUAGGUCCAAAACAAAAAUUCAAAGUGGAGAUCAACAAUCAUGGUCAGCCAAUCGGUGAAAAGGCACAAAAGCUCAGUUCAUUUAUUGGUACAUUAGCACGAGACCCUGAAGUUACACCACUUACUUACCAAACAUGGAAACAUUUACCUAAGACAUGCAAAGACAAUGUCUGGAAUUGUGUCUUGGAAAAAUAUGAAGGCCCUGGAGUUAAGCUUACUUGGGUAAUGAAACAAUAUGCAAAAUUAUGGAGAUGUUGGAGAUGUAAUUUGAGGAAGUUUUAUGAAAAACAUAAAACAUUAGAGAAUUGCAUGAAACACUGCAAGGUCGGAAUCCCUGAAGAUCAAUGGAGGUGCUUGAUCCAAAACUUUGAAACUAAACGAUCAAAGGAGCAAAGUAAAAGAAAUAAAGCGAUUCGUGCUAUGCAAAAGUUUCCUCAUACUACUGGCACAAAAAGUUUUGCCAGAUUUCGAGCAGAAAAUGUUGCAGAGGACAAACCGGAGCCUUCCCGUGCUGAGGUCUUUAUUAUGACGCGGACUAGCAGAAAAAGUGACUAUCGUAAUCAAGUAACAAAUGAAGCAAUAGCUCAAAUUAAUGACGCAAUGUCUCAACUACCCGAAGGUGCUAAAGAUGACCCAUCUCCAACUGAUAUUUUGUCAAGGGUGAUGGGGCCAGAUAAAUAUGGGCGAGUGCGUACAUAUGGGAUGGGGGUCAAACCAUCAAAUUUUUUUGAUGCUGCUCCCAGUCGAAGUGAAUUAAUGGCGCAAAAUGUAAUCUUGCAUGGAGAAUUGGAUAAUCUGCGUAGUAGGGUGAAUCAAGUAGAAGCUAUUCAAGUUGAAAAAAUGCGUGAAUUGGAAGCUAGUGCAGAGAAAGUGAAUGAAUUACAAGCCCAAGUCAACAUGUUGAUGGAAAUGAUUAAAAACAAACAAGCAUCUAGAAACUGAUUGGGGUUUGAAGGUGGACUAAUUUUGUAGACCUCAUCAUACAUCUUGUGUAACUGGACAAAGAACCAAGUGUUGUAAAGAACAUGUUUUUUUGAAAUCUUGACAUGUUUGUGUAUAUUUGUUUUAAUGCUGUUGAAAAAUUCUAGAAGAAUGAAAAAAAACAGAUGAACAAGGGGAAAGGUGAGAAAUUAAAAUGUGAUUGCAUUUGAAAAUGUUGAUGCAUGCAAUCAAAUGUUCUUUCGCAAGUUGCAUUGUCAGGCUGGAUUGCAUGAUAUAUUCCUAUCUUGACCUGUAAAUUGUUUGGAGAUUUUACCUGUAUCCUAGUGCAUACUUGUCCUGGCACCUACAUAAGGUAACUUGUAUGUAGAGCGUAGUAGCAACUCCAGGAGUGGCAAUGCAAAUUUACAACACUGUUUCUGAAUUAACUUCUGGACAAUAACUUUUCUACUCAUUAUGUAACGUUUUUCAUUCUAAGGAAAUUUAAUUCGCUAAUCUUGUGACCUUAUGAAGUUGUUAAAAAGUUGUUUUGUUGCUUUUAUAGUAAUUUUAUCCUUUCAAUAGCUGUUUCCAUUUUAAUUGGUAUUAUUGCUUACAGAAUUUAUAAUUUUUCUGUCAUAUUGCAUUUGUGAUUAAAUAAGGUCCUUAAGGUGCAUAUACCAUUCGAUACUGAUGCCUUUCCUAAUGAAAUUACAGGUACUGUCUCUAAUGUACAUUGGUCAAGUAUACUUAAUCAUUCGCUUGUCUGCCUUUAGCAGUAUUAGUGAAUGGAGAUGCUGACGUUUUUGAAGCCUGUCCAACACGAGCAUUGCAAUACAUGCUCCAGAUAUUGUUCCAGGGUGGCCUCUUUGGAGGGAUGGACUUGGUUAGCUUGAUGGUACUGGCCAUGAGAUUGAUCAGACCUAAAUGUGGUCAUGGGACUAAUUAUACAUAAAGGUCCACGAAGGUUACUUGAUUAAAUAAAUCUUAAAGUCCUGUAAACUGGUUUUCAUAUGCUUAGAAAUGGUUGUGCAUCUUUAUUUCCUUUACGAGCCCUAUUUAACCUAUAGUCAAGCUUCAAAAAUAUUUGGUUUUAGCUA